AUGUCCUUCCACACGGGCGGACAUCCAUCACACCACAACGCCGGCUACAAGGUGGAAACGGACAACAUGGCUCAAAGGCCCACCUCGUGGGCUCCCUCGCCGUCGUACGGCCCGCCCAGGCCAGAGGGCGCCUACACCUAUGGACCCGAACAGACGCGGCCACCAGCCCUGACGAGCAUGAACCCGCAGUACGGGUCGGCGAUGCGGGAACACCAGCCCGAAUAUUACCAGCCCGAGUACCAGCAGGCCCAGUACUAUCGCCAGGACUAUCACCACCACCAAUACCAGCAACAACAGCAACCACCACCACCACCACCACACGAAUUCCACCAACCGCCCUCGCCGGUCUACCAUCAGCCGCCGCAGUACCACCAGCACCAAGCGCCGCCGCCGCCGCCGCCGCGCCAACCCGCACAGCUCACAGACCCUUACAGGACGGCCCCCAUGCACCGGUACCUCCAAGAACCACCCCGCGAAUCGCCGACGACGGCGCCGGGCGGCGAGCCGUACGACCAGUACCAGGCGGCGAGAGAAGCGCACCUGCUCAAGCGUGACCAGCCGCCCCCGAUGCCGUACGUGACGCAGGGGGCGCCGCGUAUGCUGAACGACACGUACGAAGGAAAGGUGGCCAUCCCCUUCACGCCGCCGAGUCUGAGGAUCCCCGCGCAACGGGCCGGGUCUGCGAUGUUGACGCGGGGAGCGUCGUGGAGCGCCGACAGCCAGCCGGACAGGCUCAAGAUUGAGGACCUCCUGAGCGGCGGGGGCAGCGACCUGAUGGCGAUCCAGUGCGCACCCGGGCCGGAGGUGAAGCCGGUCCCGAACGAGUACGAGAUCUUCUUCCGCCAGCAGCCCAAGGCGGCGCGGUGCUGCGGCUACGGCGAGAGGGACCGGAGGGUGAUCGACCCGCCGCCCAUCGUCCAGCUGAGGAUCAACAACCCCGACCUCACGCCCGACGAGGUGUACCAGCGGAUCCGCCACCCGGCCUACGUCGUCCACUGCACGAUCUGGGACCAGUUCGGCAAGGCGGACAUGACCAACAUGCCCGACGACGUGUUGAGGCCCGGGAAGCGGCUCAUGGGCUCGCUCGUGUCGUCGCCCUUUGUGGGCCAGGACGAGAACGGCCAGGAGGGCUGCUUCUUCUGCUUCCCCGACAUGUCGGUCCGCACGCCCGGCCUCUUCCGCCUCAAGUUCGCCCUCGUCGUCGUCGAUCCCAUGCACAGGUCGCCGCGGGCGCCCAUCAAAUGCAACAUUCUCAGCGACGUCUUCCAGGUCUUCAACGCCAAAGACUUCCCCGGCAUGCAGGCCAGCACGCCUCUCACGAAGCGUCUCAAGGAGCAGGGGUGUCUGAUUUCCAUCAAGAAGGGCAACGACAAGUCGGGCGCCAAGAACGCGCGCCAACAGGACGACAGCGGGGAUGAGGACGAGGAAGAAGAGACGACAACGCCCAAGCGGAAGAAGACGCGGAAGCAGAAGUGA